AGCUGAGCAGCAGUGAAAUUUGAGAAAAUAUUUAUGUACAUCAGCUGGCGUUCAGUUCUCAAUCAGCGCAGGCAGAAGCACAAGCAGAACAUAAAUUAUGUCGCAGCAGCAAAAGGCAGAAAGUUGCUCCUAUCAGCUCUGGGGUGGACGUUAUGGCAGCCAAACAAGUGAAGCAAUGCAGGCACUCAACAUAAGCUUGCCACAAGAUGCGCGUCUGUAUGCGGAUGAUUUGGAUGCCAGCAAGGCUUAUGCCGAGGCACUGCAGCGUGCUCAGCUGCUGACGGAGCAAGAGUGCGAUUUGCUUGUAAAGAGUUUGGAGCUCAUACGCUACGAUUGGAUUGAGCGCACCAUAAAGUUUCUGCCCAGCGAUGAGGAUGUGCACACUGUCAAUGAGCGUCUGCUGGUUGCUCUCACUGGUGAAGUGGGUCAGCGUCUGCACACUGGACGCAGUCGCAACGAUCAGGUCGUCACCGAUAUGAAGCUCUGGCUACGCAAGGCCAUACGCGAGACUUUGGGUAGACUACGCGCGCUACUCUCGGCCAUGGCGGCACAAGCGGAGUCCCAGCUGGGCGUGCUUAUGCCUGGCUACACGCAUCUGCAACGCGCUCAGACUGUGCAGUUCUCCCACUGGCUGCUCUCUCAUGCUUUUGCUCUGCGCGAGGAUUGUCUGCGCUUGAGCGAGCUGCGUGAUCGCUCCAACAUUUUGCCCUUGGGCAGUGGCGCUUUGGCUGGCAAUCCUCUGGGCAUUGAUCGUGUCUGGCUGGCGCAGCGUUUGGGCUUUGCUGGCGUCACUGGCAACAGCAUGCAUGCGGUUGGAGAUCGCGACUUUGUGGUGGACUUUAUCUACUGCUGCUCCAUGGUUAGUCUGCAUCUCUCGCGCUUAGCCGAAGAUUUGAUUAUCUACAGCAGCAAGGAGUUUGACUUUAUUAAGUUGGCCGAGAGUUUUACCAGCGGCAGCAGCUUGAUGCCGCAAAAACGCAAUCCGGACAGCUUGGAGCUGCUGCGUGGCAUGGCGGGUGUCAUUACUUCAAGUCUAACUGGCAUGAUGAUGACUCUGAAGGGCACGCCCUCAACUUAUAACAAGGAUCUGCAGUUCGAUAAGCAAUAUUGCUUUCAAGCUUACGAUAAGCUGGCGCAGAGUCUGGACAUAGCGCUGGGCGUGGUGCAGACAAUGAAAGUGCAGCGUGAGCAAAUGGAGCUGGCGCUAAGUCCGGAUAUGUUGGCCACAGAUUGGGCUUAUUAUCUGGUGCGCAAGGGCGUGCCGUUUAGACAGGCGCAUCAGCAUAUUGGACGCGUGGUGCAGCUGGCGGAGCAGCGUGGCGUGGACAUUACCGAAGUGCCGCUGGGCGAGCUGCAGCAAAUUUGCGCUGCCUUUGGCGCGGACAUUGCAACAGUUGCCGACUAUGCGCGCAAUGUGGAGCAGUAUGAGUGUGUUGGUGGCACCGCCUCCAGCAGCAUCUUGGAGCAGCUGCGUCUGUUUAAGAACUACGACAAGGAGCUACGCCAGCAGUGCUAGGACCAAGUCCUUUAGUUUUAUUUGCUUUGGCUUUAGUGUUUAACAAUUUACAUACAUUUGUUUAAGCUUA